UAUCCCAAUCAUCAGGCGUGUGUGACGCGAAGCACUAGAUCCCCGGUGCGCUGUGAAUCCCAAGUCCCAAGUCCCAACCUCCAAACUGCCCCUCCUUUCCCUACACACUUCGAACUCAGUGAAGCUCUCGCUCUCUCUCUAUGAUUUGCAUAUGGUUGGUGUAGAUCGGUGAUGGCGACCUUUCUCGCUCAGUUCCAGACGAUCAAGAAUUCUUGUGAUCACCUCGUUAUUGCAGUGGAAGAUGUGAGCGAUUUGUGGCCCAUUGUCAAGAAUGGAUUUGAGGAGCGGUUGCCAUUCAAAAGAGCAUGUUUAAACAACAAGACCCGGAAUCCUGUGUUUGUGGAGAAAUUGACUGCUGAGUUCAUAUUAACGAGAGAUUCAAGACUUCGUAGCCGGUUCCCUCAGGAGCAGCCACUAUUUUGGUUUCGGGAGCCAUAUGCAAUAGUGGUUCUUGUUACCUGUGAGGAUCUUGAUGAGUUCAAAACCAUCCUUAAACCACGCCUGAAAUUGAUUGUCCAAAAUGACGAGCGGGAGUGGUUUAUUGUAUUCGUGUCUAAAGCUCAUCCAAAUGACGAUCAGGCUACAAAAUUGGCAAAAAAAGUAUAUGCCAAACUUGAAGUUGAAUUUAGCUCCAAAAAGAGAGAGAGGUGCUGCAAAUUAGAUAUACACUGCCCUGAAGCAAAUUUUUGGGAAGGCCUGGAAUCUAAGAUUAUGGAGUCGAUCAGAAAUACAAUGGAUAGGCGUGUUCAGUUUUAUGAGGAUGAGAUACGCAAACUCAGUGAACAACGCUUCAUGCCAGUCUGGAACUUCUGUAAUUUUUUUAUCUUGAAGGAAAGCUUGGCUUUUUUGUUUGAGAUGGCUCAUCUUUAUGAAGAUGCGUUACGGGAGUAUGAUGAACUAGAACUCUGCUAUUUGGAAACAGUUAAUAUGAUCGUGAAACACAGAGACUUUGGAGGAGUAGACCGUGGUGAUGAUCAGGCAGCAUUGCUUAAUCCUGGAAAUAAACCAUUGACGCAGAUUGUUCAAGAUGAGUCGUUUAGGGAGUUCGAAUUUAGACAGUAUAUGUUUUCCUGUCAAUCAAAGCUUUUGUUCAAGCUGAAUCGCCCCCUUGAGGUUGCUUCAAGGGGUUAUUUAUUCAUAAUAAGCUUCUCAAAGGCCCUGGCACUGCAUGAGAAUAUUCUACCCUUUUGUAUGCGUGAAGUUUGGGUAAUAACUGCCUGCUUGGAUUUGAUCAAUGCAACUGCUUCUCAUUAUAAGGACGGACUUCUGGCACUGGAUAUAGAAAAGGAGUUCUACCGCCUUCUGGGUGAUCUUUAUUCACUGUGCAGGGUUAAGUUCAUGAGGCUUGCAUAUUUGAUUGGAUAUGGAAUAGAGAUUGAACGAAGUCCUGUCAACAGUGCUUCACUCAGCAUGCUACCUUGGCCCAAGCCAGCAGUUUGGCCUGCAGUUCCACCCGAUACUUUGUCUGAGAUUUUUGUGAAGGAAAAGAUGAUUCUCCAAGAAACUCUUAGAGGCAAGCACUUUGGUAUUCAGAGGAAAUCAUUGCCGCUUGAACCUUCCCUUCUUUUGCGUGAGGCUAAUCGACGAAGGGCUUCUCUUUCUGCUGGAAAUAUGUUUGAAAUGUUUGAAGGUCGCCCAAUUAUCAGUGAUGGAUCAGGUUCAGAUGCAUCCAUAAAGAUGUCCCCACUGUCCCCUCCACAAAAAGUCCGUACAAGUUCCAUGUCGCGCACUAACUCUUCACCUGGAAAUUUUGAGAGCUCAAUUGAUCGACCUAUGAGACUUGCUGAGAUUUAUGUUGCUGCUGACCAUGCUUUGCAGCAUACAAUUUCUAAUCAUGUUCUACGGAAAUCUUUAUCAUCAUUAGAGGAGUUUGAGAAAAAAUAUCUGGAGCUAACUAAAGGCGCUGCUGACAAUUACCAUCGCUCCUGGUGGAAAAGACAUGGCGUUGUCCUUGAUGGUGAAAUAGCAGCUGUCUGCUUCAAACACGGAAAUAUUGAUCUCGCUGCAAAGUCAUAUGAGAAGGUCUGUGCCUUAUAUGCCGGUGAAGGAUGGCAGGAUUUAUUGGCUGAAGUCCUUCCGAAUUUAGCUGAGUGUCAGAAGAUACUUAAUGAUCAAGCUGGUUACCUAUCGUCUUGUGUGAGACUGCUUUCACUAGAUAAAGGCUUAUUUUCGACCAAGGAACGCCAAGCAUUUCAGUCUGAAGUUGUUCACCUUGCACACAGUGAAAUGAAGCACCCUGUACCCCUAGAUGUAUCUUCUUUAAUUACAUUUUCUGGCAAUCCUGGACCCCCGUUGGAGCUAUGUGAUGGGGAUCCUGGUAGUUUAUCUGUGACAGUUUGGAGUGGCUUUCCUGAUGAUAUUACUCUUGAUUCACUCAGUCUCACAUUGAUGGCUACAUAUAAUGGUGAUGAAGGUGUCAAGGCAUUAAAGAGCUCUUCUGCUAUAGUUCUAAAGCCUGGCCGGAAUACAAUUACCUUGGAUUUACCCCCCCAAAGACCAGGCUCCUAUGUCUUGGGAGUUCUUACUGGGCAGAUUGGGCAUUUGCGGUUUAGAUCUCAUAGUUUUUCCAAGGGUGCCCCUGCAGACAAUGAUGAUUUUAUGAUAUAUGAAAAGCCAACUAGACCUAUCUUGAAGGUUUUUAAACCCAGAGCCUUGGUUGACCUUGCUGCAGCUAUUUCAUCUGCUUUGCUAAUAAAUGAACCUCAGUGGGUUGGGAUCAUAAUACGGCCCAUGAACUACUCCCUCAAAGGUGCUGUAUUGCAUAUAGAUACUGGUCCAGGGCUGAAGAUUGAAGAGUCGCAUGUCAUUGAGAUGGAGAGUUAUGUUGAUGUGUCACAAAGUCCUGCUGACAUGGCACGGUCUGAUGCGGCUCAUAAAGAUGGUUCUUUGACUGUUGAUAAAGAUUUUGAGCAGUUGAGACUCCAUGAUGGCAGGAUAGAGUUUCCAGGUUGGGCAAAUAACGUGACUUCUAUUCUGUGGAUUCCAAUAUGUGCCAUUAGCGACAGGCUUGCCAGAGGAUCAUCUUCAGUUACCCCUCAGAGACAGAGUAUUGUGGAUGGAAUGAGGACGAUAGCUCUGAAGCUUGAAUUUGGAGUAUCCCACAACCAGAUAUUUGAGAGGACCUUAGCCGUCCAUUUUACUGAUCCUUUCCACGUGAGCACACGCAUUGCAGAUAAAUGCAAUGAUGGAACUUUGCUUUUGCAGGUGAUACUACAAUCAGAAGUGAAGGCCACAUUAACCAUCUAUGAUACUUGGCUUGAUCUUCAAGAUGGAUUUGUUCAUACUCGAAAAGGUGAUGGGAGACCAACUUCAGGCCUCACCCCCCUCAUCAUUUCUCCACAUUCCAGAGCAGGAAUACUGUUCAGUAUAUGCUUAGAGAUGUCAAAUGCUGAAGAUGAAGCUAAGGCACCACAACCAGAUAGCAUAUUAAAUCUCAGAUAUGGAAUUUCUGGUGAUAGGACUAUUGGAGCACACCCGCCUGUGGCUGUAGAAUCUCCAGGACCCGAGGGUGUUAGACAGGAUUUGAUCUUCAGGAGUGCUCUUGUUUUGCAAAGGCCUGUGCUUGACCCAUGCCUGGCCGUUGGUUUUCUUCCUCUCCCUUCUGGUGGCCUUAGAGUUGGGCAACUUGUUAGCAUGAAAUGGAGGGUUGAAAGGUUAAGAGAUUUCAAGGAGGAUGAAGUUUCCAAACACAAUGAUGAGGUGUUGUAUGAAGUCAAUGCAAAUUCAGAUAAUUGGAUGAUUGCUGGGAGGAAAAGAGGGCAUGUUUCUGUCUCCACGAAGCAAGGUUCCAGGAUAGUUAUCUCAAUAUUAUGCAUGCCACUGGUAGCAGGCUAUGUUCGUCCCCCACAACUUGGACUGCCAGAUGUUGAGGAGGCAACUAUAAGUUGCAAUCCUGCCGGGCCUCACCUGGUUUGUGUCUUGCCUCCGCCUCUCAGCUCCUCCUUCUGCAUUCCAGCAUGAUUACUUGGCUCCUGCAUCCUGCAUUGCUGUUACCCCAGGUCACUAUAGUUUUCCACUCUGGUUGGAUCAAGUUUUUUCGGUUCAAUUAAAAAUUACAGUUAUAGAGGUAAUACUACCCAGUUUUGAUUACCUAGAUAUUUGUAAAUCUGUAUUUGUUGAGUUUGCUGGAAAAUCCGGAGAAGUUAGUUUAAUUUAGUAUGGCUGGGGUAGUUCUUUGGCUGUUCUGAACAUCUGGCAUCCCUGCUAUGUACAGUGGAUUUUGUACUUUCCAUGUACAAUAUAAUGAAAGAUAUUUUGUUUGGUCUAA